AACAGGUACUUAGCCGUUUGGUUGAAUGGGAGAAACCGAAACCAAAAGUACCUGAAGGCUCCUGAGCUGUUACUAAUCUUGUUUUUGCUUCUAGUGAGUUCCAUGGUCAUAGAAAUUUGGGGUUUCAACAGUAUUCUUAACUGUUUCUUGAUAGGCCUUGCAUUUCCAAGGGAAGGCAAAUCAGCUAGAACACUUCUCCAUAAACUCGGCUAUUCAAUUUACAAUUUUGUCCUUCCAGUCUACUUUGGAUACUUAGGGUUACAAUGCGACAUUAUCAACGCUUUCUGGAACUUGAAUCGCUUGACGAAUGUCGCCAUCUUGGUCCUGUUAGGGAUUGGAAGCAAGCUCAGUGGCACUCUUCUUGUGUGCCGUUACCUUCAGUAUCCAACUAGUGAAGGAAUCUUCCUUGGAUUUGUGUUGAACACAAGAGGCUAUGCUGAUCUUCUCUUUAUUGGUGCCUCUGCUAAGCAAGUUAUUACUUUUGAUCCGGAAGCUUACAAUGUGUUGCUAGUAUCAAUAGUACUCAACACAGUCAUAUCUGGGAUAACUGUGGCUUUUCUAUCAAGAGGGGAAGAGAGAUUGUUUGUAACAAACCAUACUGCAUUGGAGCCACAGAGCUUGGAAGAUGAGCUUCGAAUUCUGGCUUGUGUAUACGAUCCUCGCCAAGUGUCUGCAGUAUUAUCCACAGUUCUAGCAUUACAUGGCAAUAAGCAAACACCAUCGACCACCUAUUUGAUGCAUUUGAUAGAGCUUGUUAAGAAGAUCAAGACUAACGUGCUGUUUCAUGAAAAGGAAACCGCCGAGAUUAGCGACGACGAAGACUAUGGUGGCAAUGAUGUGGUGGAUAUUAAUAAUGCAUUAGAUGCUUUCACUGCAGACACAAAGGUUUUGGUACACCAAAGAAGGGCAGUGUCUUCUUUCCCAACUCUUUAUGAAGAUGUUUGCAAUGAUGCAGAAGAUCUUCAGGUAUCAAUCAUUAUACUUCCCUUUCACAAGCACCAGCGAAUUGAUGGAAAACUGGAGAGUGGAAAAGAAGGGAUAAGAAUUACAAACCAGAAAGUUCUAAGGCAUGCUCCUUGUUCUGUUGGUGUGAUUAUUGAAAGAGGACUUGCCAGAUCCCCUGGUUUCUCAAAUCUAAUUUCAUCUGAUAACAUACAAAAUGUUGCAACACUUUUCUUUGGCGGCGCAGAUGAUCGUGAGGCGAUUGCUUGGAGCUUACGAAUCUCCAAGCAUCCGCGCGUCAAUCUGACAAUAAUUAGAUUCUUGCUGUCCUCUUCUGCUGUACAAAAUGAACAGAUCAAAAGUGGAGAAUCCGAGGAAAAAGAGAUUUUGAUGUCGCUGACUGGAGAAGAGACGGUGAAUGAGAUUGAUAACACAUUCAUGGUUGAUUUCUAUAACAGGUAUGUGACUUCAGGCCAAAUUGGAUAUGUGGAGAAGUUUGUACAUGAUGGAGCAGAAACAUUAGAAUGUCUAAAAGAGAAUGGGGAUUUAUACGCUUUGUUUAUAGUAGGAAGGGGUGGUAGAGGGCAAUGUUCAUUAACAAUUGGUAUGAGUGAUUGGGAAGAGUGUCCUGAACUUGGUACAGUUGGUGAUAUUUUGGCUUCUUCAGAUUUUGAUAUUCAAGGCUCAGUUUUAGUGGUUCAACAACACAGAGAUGCCAAGAAAGGCAUAAUAAGUGAUUAGUGUUAUUAAAAGUACAAUUUAGUUACCCUUAGGCUUAUUCUUGUACUUAGUUUUUCAUGAACAUAUGUGUAUAAAUGAAAUUUUUUUUGGUAGGAGGAAUAGAACUAAUAAGGACCAACUUAUCUACUUA